AUGGACAGAAAACUUAUGUCCUUGCCUCUACCUACCGCCAAAGCAGAAAUGGACCAAAAUGUCAACUUCAGCAACUGCAACAACAACAGCACCUGUGCGAUUGAAAACUUCAAGAGAGAAUUUUAUCCCAUCGCAUACCUGAUAAUCUUUGUCUGGGGAGCAUUGGGAAAUGGCUUAUCCAUAUUUGUUUUCCUGCAGCCUUAUAAGAAGUCUACAUCUGUGAAUGUUUUCAUGUUAAACCUGGCCAUUUCUGAUCUCCUGUUUGUGACCACACUGCCAUUCAGGGUAGACUAUUACCUCAGAAGUUCCCACUGGAUAUUUGGGGACCUGGCCUGCAGGUUCAUGUCCUACUCUAUGUAUGUCAACAUGUACACCAGCAUUUAUUUCCUGACCGUGCUAAGUGUUGUGCGUUUCCUGGCAACCGUUCACCCCUUCCGGCUCCUCCAUGCCACCAGCAUCAGGAAUGCCUGGAUCCUCUGUGGAAUCAUAUGGAUUUUUAUCAUGGCUUCCUCAACAAUGCUUCUGAACAGUGGGUCUGAGCAGAAGAACAAUGUCAUUUCAUGCUUAGAGCUGAAUCCCAAUAAAAUUGUUAAGCUGCAGAUCAUGAACCACAUUGCCUUGGUGGUGGGCUUCUUCCUGCCGUUCUGUACUCUCAGCAUCUGUUACCUGCUGAUCAUUCGAACUCUGCUAAAGGUAGAGGUCCCAGAAUCAGGGCUGCGAGUUUCUCACAGGAAGGCCCUGACCACCAUCAUCAUGACCUUGGUCAUCUUCCUCCUGUGUUUCCUGCCCUAUCACGUACUGAGAACCCUCCAUCUGGUUAUGUGGGGUAGGCACACAGCCUCACUGCAUAAAGGUGUGGUCAUCACACUGACCUUGGCAGCAGCCAAUACCUGCCUCAACCCUUUGCUCUAUUACUUUGCUGGAGAGAAUUUUAAGGACAGACUAAAGGCCACCCUCAGAAAAGGUCAUCCACAUAUGACAAAGACCAAAUGCAGAUUUCCUGUUUGUGUGUGGUUGGAAAAGGAAGCAACAAGAGUGUAA